GAAGCAAAUCUUGAAAUAGUAGACUUAAAACUUUAUGUGAAAGAGAAUGUCAAAGAUAGCACUUAAGCCAAUUGCAACAGACGUCAAACACAGUCAGGAAGGUCAAGAAGCACCUUAUAAAAGACGUAAACCAAACAUUUGCGCAGUAUGUAUGUAAUCGUUUUACAACAACUUUUGGUUGAUUGAUGAUUGACACCUGUAUGUGAGGAUCAUGUCUGAACCAACAGACGUCAAACACGGUCAGAAUAAGGUUUCUGUGGAAGAAACAUGGAAUAAUAUCCAGCAGAACGUGAACGAAGAUGAAACAAAAAAGAAAGAAAACUUUACGGGGACAAAGGACACUGAAAACAUCAAAGAACCCAAGAAAGAAGUCCGUUCUACCCCUACCAUGGUGUUUUCUGUGGUUGGAGACUCAGACAGUUUUGUCCCAAAACCUUGGCCAAAAACAGUGUUCCAGACGGCGCUGAUAGAGGCAGCAAAGAGUGGCGGAGAGACCUGGAUUUUGUACCGAGGGAGUGACGAAGAUGUAUCAAAUGUAGUGAGUGAUGCCUACCAGCAAUAUGAAGACAUGGAAUUUGGGACAAAGACUUCAGGGAUCAGUGACCCAAACAGACAUAUCAAACUUAUCAGUAUUGCGGGAAAAAAGACUGAGUAUUCUACCAUGGUGAAAAGGAAACCAACAUCAUAUGAAACCAACUUUGGGGAAGGGGAUAGUUUUUUGCUGGAGUUCGAAAAAUUCGUUUCAAAACAAAAAGUUUCAUUCUUUAAUGAAAAAUUGGACAUCGAAAUGUCAGUUCCUAUUGCCAUUAUCGUUUGUGAGGGAGACAUCGAUACCAUAACACACAUCUCAGAAGCACUCAAGAACAAACUACCUGUUAUCAUCAUGAAAGGAUCAGGAAAAGCUGCAGACCUGGUGUCUGACUACCUUGAUAAUCCAAGUGUACUUCGAAAGAAAGCAAACAAUUUAUUCGGUAUUCAGUUCGAUGAUGCGAAAUAUAACAAACUUGGAAAACUUCUCGAAACAAUAUCUGAAAGACGAGAAUUAAUUGGGGUGUUUGACCUAGAUCGAGGUGAUCCCUUUAUGUUAUCCAGCAUUGUAGGGGAAGCAGUAGUCAGUUGCUGGUCUAUGGAAAAUAUCCUCCCAGCUGAGUCAACAAAAAGUUUAGAAAAACCAGCCAACGGCUCAUUAGAAAAUACAGGUAUGAAAUCAUUAAAUUCGAACCGCCUACGUAUAAAGGGCUUUUCUUUAACCUGGAAAGUUCUACGCAGAAACUCCAUACGACCGGAAGACGAAAUUAUCGAACAGAUUUUGAAAGGUUUCAAAAAGGAAUCAAAGACUUACGUGUUGAAUCCAAAAUACUCCACUCCUACUUCGCUUCCAUUGUAUUUUUAUUUUGGUUAUCAGCUGUUCCAAGAAUCAAAAUGCUUUGAAGAAUGCGGUCCUAUUCUCCUAUUUGAGGCAUUGAAGGCGAAUCGGUGUGAUUACGUGAGGGUAUUGCUGUCCAAAGGAGUGAAGUUUAACAUGAAUAAUUUGCCAGAACUGUACAGUCAGACUGUUGCGUGUCAGGACUGCAAGUUUAAAGACGAGGACUGCCUUCAUAUGCAAUGGAUUUUGAAGCAAAUCAAAGAAAAACAAGCCAGUGACCUAUGUCAAGAACAUAUGCAACUGAUGGAAGAAUACCUUAACGCAGAGGAUGAAAAUGAGAAGAAGAUGUGCCUGAAGAAAAUGAAAGGUUUAGCCUCUCCAGUGGCAGAUGCAGCCAAACACCUGUGUUGCUCUAUUCUCCGAUAUGAAGAAUAUGUUUUAAAAGAGGAAGAUGAAAAACCUGAAGAUGAAAAUAUUUCCAAUAUUCUGUUGUGGGCAAUAUUUGCAAAUCGGAAAGAAUUAGCUGAAAUAUGUUGGCUGAGAGUUGAAAACCACCUGUUGACAGGACUUGUUUGCUCCGCUAUUUUGAAAAAGCUUUCCACAAAAGCCAACAACGUCAAAGAACAGAUCUUAUCGAACGACCUAGAGGAACACUCAAAAAUAUUCGAAAAACGUUGUAUUGGAAUUAUGGACAGCAUGUACAAUGAAAACUCACAACAUGCCAUUGAACUUAUGGAUGACGACGCGGUGGUUUGGGGAAUUAGAUCGAGUCCGCUUACUUUUGCCUACGAAAACUUCUUGUAUGAUGUAGUAGCGCAUGAUUGUUCCCAGAAAAAUAUGAACAAACAGUGGUACAACAACUUGGCACCUGACUUAAAGUUAUUCUUUAUGUCUGCAUUCACAAACAAAUAUCUUCAGUUCUUUACCGCACCACUGACAAGAUAUAUAUUCAAUUACAUGCUGUUUUUCUUAAUGCUGGUGAUGUAUAGUGCCAUUGUGUUGACAAGUGUAAGCACUGAAUACUUCGACCUACCAACUGCACAAGUGUUUGAAUACUACUUGUAUAUCUGGGGUGCAGGAGAUUUCAUUGAAGAACUCAUCAGCUGUUUUGGGUGCUUGGAAGCUCGAGGUCGCUCUCACAGAGGUUACUAUUCCCGAAUGAAGAGAUACUUGUACGACUUUUGGAAUGCGGUGGACCUGCUGUCAUACAUCUUACUUAUAGCGGCGCUCUUUGUGCGUCACUUCUACUCUGAUUCUUCGUUUACAAUCGCCAGGCGGAUGUUUGCUCUCUCUCUGCUUGUGAUGUACCUGAGAUUUUUGGAAGUGUUUCUUGUCCACAGAAAAAUGGGACCGACUCUCAUUAUGAUCAAAGAAAUGCUGAAGGAUCUGUUGAAAUUCCUGUUCAUAGCUGUAUUUGUUGUUUUUGGCAUCGGAAUCUAUUACCAUGCCAACCUCUGGCCGGACCACCGAUCGUUCUGGGAUGGAAAUUGGCAAAACUGGAGAGUCUGGACCAUCUUAACUUUACCGUACUGGCAGCUUUAUGGGGACCCGAAUCUUGAUUCACUUGACGGCAGUGAACCAAAAAACUGCAGCAGUGAUUUCAAUACAUGGGCGGCCGAUACUUCGGUAGAGAGAUGUUCCCAAGAGGACUGGACGGUACAAGCUGUAGGUGCCAUCUACAUGUUGUUCUCUAAUCUACUGCUGGUUAACCUCGUCAUCGCCAUGUUCAGCUAUACUUUUGAGAGGGUACAGGAGAACUCUGAGAAGCUGUGGAGAUUUGAGAGAUACACUGUGAUCAAUGACUACGAAUGGAGAAUCCCGUCCCCUAUCAACCUGGUGUUUCUUCCGUACCGCAUGUGUUGUCAAAACAGAGAUAAUUGUUGUAUACAUAUGUUCAAAGUCGGUUUCUGUAAAAAAAGAUUGCGCGCCGAAACGAUGGAAAGGAAAACAAGAAGGGCAUACAGGAGGAACUUCCAGAAAGUAAUGGCCCUCAGGAAUCACAACAAAAUCUAAUUAUAAACCAUAAAAGUGAAAAUUUAAGUUGAUUUAAAAUGAUUUUGAAAUGUUAAAAAGAGGAGGUUGUGACAAAUCAUUCCAAUUUUUGUCGCAUAGUGUUAAAGACUUAGAAGUGAUGUAUAUUAUUACUAUGUCAUCAUUAAGUAUAAAUUUCAUCAUUGAUUAAAAAAAACCCCAUUAAAACAUACAAUCGUUUAAAUCCCUUAUACCAUGAACAAAUUGCAAAGUUGUGUUUUUGAACUAAUCAAACUAUAAACAUUUUUUAUGUCAUUGGUGUUUGCGAUGAGGUUCAAAAUAAUUUGAAUAUCUUAGAAAAAAGAAAUCGGUUUUCCAGGUGUGGUUUAUUUUAAGGCAAGAGGAUUAAAAAAAAAAACAAAGUAAUGCAAUGUAGCAUUAUAGCCUAUAUAUAAAAGUUAUAGUUAUUAUUGUUUAUAUAGAAUGAGGCUAUCCAGGUGACACUUGAUCUAGUGAACGUUUUUGAUUCCUUAAUGCAUGCAGAAUUUACAAAAGACUAGUAUUGCCCAGAGAGUUUAAUAUAAGAGACAGCAUUUGAAAGUUUUUAUAUUUAUAUAUGUAAAUUGUAGUGAUAUUUUGUUUAAAUGAUCAUUAUUAUUAAAUCAGUGAAACAAUUGCAUAGCACCACUUCAUUCUUCACCAUAACUGGUGGAUAUGUAAAACACAUGACACAGAGAAAUAUUUUAUCUAAUCGAUCAUUUUAAGCAAAUUUGAUAUGUUAUUAAAUUAUCAAUUUUAAGAGACAUUAAGUAGACAUUUUAUUUUAUAUCCAUGCCUAUCCUUUGACCUUGCUG